CACCGUCCACCGUCCACCGUCCACCGUCCACGCUUUGGUACUCUCGACAAGUGGGUAUGCUGGUCGACACUUGUCCAAGUCGGAACCUCUUCUCAUCAUCUUCUACUCUGCAGCCGAGUCAAGAGUGAAACCACACAAUGCGCGCCCAGUCAUCAAACCCAACAAACCUCCUCCCCUCCCUGGCUGGCUCAUCCUUCAUCAAUCUCCUUUUGACCGUCACCGUCUCGACGACCAUUCUCUACCUCUUUGGUCUGGCCAUCUACCGGCUCUACUUUCACCCGAUAGCACAUUUCCCGGGCCCCAAACUCGCCGGAUUGACGAGGUGGUACGAAUUCUACUACGAAUUGAUCCUCAAGGGACAAAUGACAUUUCACAUUCAAAAACUCCAUGAACAAUACGGACCCAUCGUCCGAGUCACCCCCAAUGAACUACACGUGCUCGACUCGGACUACUUUGAAGAAUUGUACGUCAAGUCCGGCAAACUCGACAAGUACCCUCCAUUCUCGGCUCGCUUUGGCACCGACGACACCUUCUUCACCGCUUCGUCGCACGAACAUCAUCGCCGUCUCCGCAACUCGGUCGCCCCCUUUUUCUCCAAACGCAAAAUCACAGACUUUCAACCCGUCAUCCAAGCCAAAUUGACCAAACUCUGUUCCAAGGUGGCAACAGAGUAUGCUGCCGGGACGGAUCGAGCGUUGCCUCUUCACCGUGCCUGGACGGCCUUGACGGGGGACGUGGUGACCGAGUUCUGCUUCGCCAAGGCGUACGACCACCUCGACUCGCCCGACUUUGCAGAAACGUUUCACGAGCCCAUGCACGCCGCCUGCGAAUCUUCCAGUGUCCUGAUGCAGUUCCCCUGGUUGUGGCCCGUGAUGAACAGCCUACCGGAUUGGUUGGUCGUGAAACUCGAACCCAAGAUGCACAUGCACAUACAGGUGCAGCACGAUUUCGAGCGCACCAUUUCCGCGUUGAAAGAAAAUCACGACGAGACGCACAAGACCGUCGAUCACGCCACUCUCUUUCACGAAAUGCUCAACAGUGACCUCUCGCCGAGGGAAAAAUCCGUCGGCCGCAUGGUCCAGGAGGCGCAGGUCAUCAUCGGCGCGGCCAUUUUGACCACCUCUUGGGCCGCCGCCGUGGCGAGCUUCCACAUCAUCAACGACCCCUCCAUUUUCGCCAAGUUGAGGUCCGAGUUGGAAGAGGCCCUUCCCGACCCGGCCGCCACUCAGCCGGACUGGCAGACUCUCGAGCAACUUCCCUAUCUGAGCGGGUGCAUCAAGGAAGGGAUCCGUCUGGCUUACGGCAUCGCGUCACGACUGCCCAGGGUGGCUCGCGCGGAACUGAGGUACAGAGACUGGAUCAUCCCGCCCGGCACCCCCGUCUCCAUGACCAUCGUAGACAUGAACCAUGAUGAAGAGGUCUUCCCCCAGUCGAGGUCGUUCAUCCCGGAAAGGUGGCUGGGGAAGCCGACCACAAAAGACGGGCAGAGUUUGGAACGUUACUUUGUCGGUUUCGGUAAGGGCUCCAGGUCGUGCAUCGGGUUAAAUCUUGCUCAAGCAGUACUUUACACUGGUCUCGCGACCAUCUUCCGGAAUUUCACCUUUGAGUUGUACGAGACUGAUGUCUCGGAUACGAUCCUGGCUCACGAUUACUUUGUGCCAACCGUCAAAUUGGAUACAAAGGGGAUCCGAGUAAAAGUGAAAUCGAUUGAGAAGUGA